AUGGAUAAAUCAUCUAUAAUUUCUAGAAAUAACAGUCUUGAAUAAAUAAACAUAAGUCUAUAAAGUAGGCCUAAAAGAUUUUUCUAAUCCAAAACAUCGAUAAGUAUUUUAAACGAGCAAAAUUGUUUUACGAGAACGUUGCCUUUAAAUAAUAAUGCAAAUGAGGAAUAAUAAGAAUUAAGUCUUUAAGCAUCCCCAACUAAUAAUUAAUUGUAAUUAAGUAUAUUAAAAUAGCAAUUUACCAGAGAAUGCAGAUAAUCAAAUUAUACCAACUUAGAUUUUCUGCAAAAAAUGCAACAAAAUAUGUUUGACUUUAGUUGAGAAACAUUUUGAUAUUUUUGCAUUAGGGAUUACUAUCGUAACUCUAAUUUUAUGCUGGCCCUUUAUAUGUUACAUUUGUUAAUCUUUGGAAUGCAAAAAUAUCUUACAUUAUUGUCCUUAUUGUCAUGAAUAAGUUGGUUUGAGACCAUACAAAAUUUUAUGUUGA